GGUUGGCGGAAGUGCCUUGUCUUUCCUCUUCCGGUCUGCUGCCAUCGGUGUCUCGGCUUCGAGAUGGGCAAAUUUAUGAAACCUGGGAAAGUGGUUCUUGUGCUGGCUGGACGAUAUUCUGGUCGUAAAGCUGUUAUCGUUAAGAACAUUGACGAUGGUACUUCAGACCGCCCAUACAGCCAUGCCCUGGUGGCUGGCAUUGAUCGCUACCCACGCAAAGUGACAGCCAGCAUGGGCAAAAAGAAGAUUGCCAAAAGAUCCAAGAUCAAGUCCUUUGUGAAAGUUUAUAAUUACAACCACCUGAUGCCAACCAGGUAUUCUGUUGAUAUUCCCUUGGACAAAACCGUUGUCAACAAAGAUGUAUUUAGGGACCCUGCGCUGAAACGUAAAGCACGGCGAGAGGCCAAAGUGAAAUUUGAGGAAAGAUACAAGACAGGCAAGAACAAGUGGUUUUUCCAGAAGCUCAGAUUCUGAAUUCUAUGAAGCUGCACCAAUAAAUGUUCUUGAAAAGCCCA